UGGGCUAAACUGUGUGUAUCAAAGAAGCUUCCUCUCUCCCAGCAAGCAAGACGAGAUCACCAUUUCUCUCAGUAAUGGACUUCCUUUAAUUCUUCCUUCCGUGAUGCACUCACUCUAGCUCUUAAGUAACCCGGCUUCUACUUACUUUCUCACAUAUUAACACCUCUCCCUGCUUCUUUUCAUUUCAAUAUGCGAGCUCUUAAAAACCUUUAGGUUCUUUCAGGGGAAAACCCCUAAUAUUAUUCCUAUUCCUAUACUGUUUUCCUUGCUUGUAACAGGAGAUCUAAGAUCUUACUGGGGGAGAUACCUUACUUGAGUGAAGUGCACCUGCUGCUUUCGCAAAGGACGUCUUGGUAUGAAGCAUCGCUUGCACGCACUAGCUUCCGUGCCACGUUAAGCAGAAGAACUAGUAGUUUAUGGGUCUCCUUACUGAUAGGUAAGACAAGGGAUCUCCCAAUUCGUAAUUUCUUAAUAGGAGCCUCCUUUACUUGACCUGGAGAAUGAGCCACUUGAUGGCAGAUUUUAUGUCAAAGCUUGCACGCGAAUCCUAGGCUUCAUAAUCAAUCAUAGAAACGUUACCUGCAUAUGCUGCACUAGGUAGUGAAUGAGUCCCCUCGAAUGCUCGGGUACUCCUAGAAUAGAUUUAUCAUUUCCUAUAUAGAAGUUGCUUGCCCACAAGCACCUAUGUCCUAUGACUGAGUUCGAAUAUUUAGAUUUCUUAUUAGGUGGGAUAUAGUAAUAAGAUGAGUAAGACGUCCUUGGCCGGUGCGACCAUUACAUGGGUAUCGAAUCCAGCUCUUGCUAGGUAGAAGCGUAACAGCCGGCUCGCUUCGGCACUACACUCGCUCCACUGAGAAUGCUUCCGCUUGAGGUAUACGCGCGAAAUCAAGUAAAUUGGCGACAUAUAAAGGUAUUGGUUGAGAGCUCUUAUGACCUGUAGGUACCAAGAAAGGCGUGCCCGUAGAGUGCUCUCUUAGGGAUGGGUAAACCCCCUACCUUCCUAAGGACCCAGUAUAGAAUAGAUUCCGUCUUCUCUGUAUGGAUUGCUCACCUGUAAAAGGAGAUCUCUGAUCUUACCGGUAGGGAUAUCUAAAUCCAGUUAGGUAAGCUUGCUGAGAACGAUUAUGGUUACGACGAGGAGUGUCUCGAGCAAGACAGGAAUGCGGUUGCACCCUUUCCUAUUAGGCCACUAAUGUGCCUAUCCAUUCGUCGAACCAAUCGAGCGGCCGAGGCCCUUUCAUUCCAACCGCCAGUAUGUCCCCUUUUUCCGAGGCUUUCCUCGUUAUUAGCCCUCAAAUCUCAAUCUAUAGUUUUAAUAAGGAAGAGAUGCUAGAUCAGGAAAUCGAAAAGCUGAAGAUUAAGCAACUAGAGAAGGAAAUCGAAAAGCUUAAGAUGAAGCAAAUUGAGAAGGAAAUCGAAAAGCUUAAGAUUAAGCAAAUGGAUCUAUCUUUCUACUGGGUUCUCUUUGUUAUGAUGAAAUCGUCCACUUUACAAGAGAAUGACUGAAUUGGGUGCUCCUAGAAUAGAGAAGGGUCGAUGCAAUCGAGUUGGCUGUAGACAAGGAUCAAUUAUUAUUAUAUAGAAUUAGUUGGAAUCGGACCAUAGACUUAGCAGACAACCUGCCUUCUGUGGUGAACCAGAAAAAAGACCUAGCCUAAUCAGACAAGAACAUAGUCUCUAUACUUUUUAGCACAAAUUUUUUUACUUUCUCGUAUAUUUGCUAUUGGCAAUUAUGUGAAUCAGAGGUUACUGAAACCUGUUCACCUUUGGUUUGCUUCGGUUCUUCGGAGCAUCCAAAUGGAUGGGACCUUUAACCAAACAAAGCCUUUGGUUCGCUUAGUUCCUAGCUACACCUGCUUCAGCUAUGAUUUAAAGAGUGCUUAUGGCUCUUGGCCUAUUUUCGCGUUCACUCGUCAUUUAUUGGUGUGGUGGGCUGCGGAACAGGUAAGGCCGGGGAUCCGGUUCGAUAAGUAUGCGGUACUCGGUGAUGAUGUUCUCAUCACUGACCCACUUGUGGCGGAGCAGUAUCGUUUAGGAUUGCAGAGAUGAGGGGUGAAGAUCUCACCUUCGAAGUCUCUGAUAUCUUCAACAAGAUCCUAAUUUUACUCGAUGGAGGCUAAUUUGGCGUGCCCACAACAUUGUGCAAGAUGUCGGUUAUGAUUACAUGGGUUUAGUGUUAGGUCCUGGUCGGGGUCCUAUCCCUCCAGUGCUUAAUCCUGAUCCGUGUGAUUGUACAGACUCAUCAGGGAGUACCUAUCUGUCUUAGUUUCCUUGUUGCUACUGUGUAUCCACUGUGCAUAGUAGUCAGCCUGUGCAUGGUCGUAAGACCCUGCAUCGGUGACACCAUCAGACCAUAAGACUUAUUAACCUACACAGAGUGCGUGAAGCUCUUGUGAAAAAGGUUUCGGUGCCGGUUGACCUUUUUUUGCUUUAGCUCGAUGGAAUAAACGAAAAUCCGCUCCAGUCUUUUAUUUUUUGUCGUGUCUUAUGCUGCCGCGAUGGGCUUUCUCCGGGCUUUGACGUGAACCGAGGGGGGGUCCUCCCCCAAUAAUGCAUUUUUGCAUGGUGAGACUUGGAUGAAGAAAUUUACAUAAAGAUUCCGGAGGGAUUUGCCAAGGAAGGUUAUAGCAGAGUGUGCAGACUUAAAAAGUAACUGUAUGGCUUAAAGCAAGCCUCUCGAAAUUGGUACCAGAAGUUCGGCACUGAAAGGCAUUGGCUUUGUCCAAUCGAGGGCAGACCACUCGAUGAUGAUUUUCAAUCAUGAUUCAAUGUUCAUCCUUGCUCUUAUCUAUGUGGACGACGUGAUUCUUGCUGGGACUCACAUCGAUAAGAUCAACGAAAUAAAGCGGUACCUGGACUUAAAUAUUGCUCAGGAGUGAUGGGCCUUUAGAGCUGGAAGCUUAUUGUGACUGGGGAAGAUGUCCCAUAAAUAGGCCUUCCUCGGGUAUAUAGUGAAGCUUGGAGGCUCGCCCAUUUCUUUUCCCACGAAGAAAGAGAGUGUGGUGUCUUUCUCUUCUUUCUUUUUGAGUUUAGUGACAGUUCAUCAAAAGAAUUUUCCAAGAUUGCGUCAUCGAGCACGCGACGCGCAUAGUCUUAAGUUCAAGAGCGGGUUGUCUCCUCUUCAACAUUUCUACUACUUCCUUGCCUCCCCUUUUCAGAGAUCUCCUUGUUCUCUUCCCAUAUUUUCCUCUAUACUUUCGCCGCCUUCUUCAUCAUGUUGUUCCAUCCUUCAGGGAUGUUCGGUAGGUGUCCGGGCCUCCUAAAAAAUCCUUCCGGCAAGAAUGCUGCUUGAACAUUGUAAGACAUUGAACCGUCUCGCUCUUGUGAACACUGAUCAUAAGUGGCAAAAGCCGCCGGAAUCCUCAUCUUUUGUCCAUAAGCUCUCCUCGCUACUGUAAAAAUUGAAAAAGUCUUUUUUUUUAUACACUGGCGCAGAUGAUUGCCCCUAAGGCACCGAAGGACCAAGGCCUUCGUCUAUCACCCUUCUUGAUUUACUAGUUAGUAGAGUAUUUGCACUUUAGAUCUCGUGACUCGACCUGUAGACGGUGAUACCGCCACUUUCGGAGACGUGAUCUUCUCUUAUUCACUUGUGCUGGUGGCGGAGAGGUCGGCGCCUGUGUUCUGGCUCUGGGGGGGUGUUCCCUUUCUCAAUUAUGACGUACUAGGUUAGGUUGCCAUCUAGGUCUCGGUCGGGGGUGACUUCAUAAUUCUGGUCUCAUUCUUCCCUUCCCUUGAUUCACGAUCCUUGCAGCUGAAUUAAUCCCCCAUGUGUCGGGACCUGAACCGUGGUGGUGCUCUUCUACAGCUUCUUUUACAUAGGCUCCGAUACUUCUGGAAUUGAAAAAGGAAAUCGCCCUCCUGAAACGGUAUCCUCGUACGGACUUGACAGCUUCAGCGUACAAGGACCCGGGCUGAGACCAGAACAUAGAACACAUCACCAUAAGUAGAAGGAGGGGUCAUCCCCGUGGUAGGAAAGACGUCCCAGUUCCUUACCGCUAAUUACCCGGCGUCACGCCUUACCCCAACCAAUACCAUGAAAGCCCUACCUCUUAUGGUUAACGCCUCUCUGAAGAUCUUUUUAGGGUGGGCAAAGAGGGUGAAGCCACUUUUGCAGCUCUGCCCGGUAGAAAAAGUGGAACUCGAAUAGUUGUCUGAUAAAGGAAGACAGUAAAGGAUAUUCAACAAAGCAGGCCUUACUAUCUUACCUAGCUCCCAAGGUGGGAACACUUAACUCAUGAAGACGUUGUGCUCGUUCCUCUCCUUUCAGUCGAGCUACUUCGUUCCUCUCUUGGGGGAGUCCCUUCUCUCCUCCACCCCCUUGAACAGGCUUUCCGCGGUACCAAGCUCACUUCAUUAAGUCUUUCUUUAAUAAAUAUAGGAGUGUUUAUCGCUACUACCAACUACAGCAACUGAAAAAAAGGAGCUAACCGACUAACACUAACAGUUAUCCGAAAGACGGUUCUGCAAGCCGGACUUAACGACAGAUCUGUUUUCUAGUUUCUUUUUUUUAUCUAAAAAAGGAUGGGCUUCUUUCUUUGACUUUUACUGGGAAUCUGAACUUCUUACUGGACGUGAAUAGUGGAAGAACACGCCAUUCGGAUUAGAGCUGUGGCACGAGAAGGCCGGUGCGAGACCUUUUUUGGCGUGAGUUGCUUAGUGUUAAGUGUAUAGCCACAAAGAAAUUAAACAAGGCAUUUCACACUCGCUUUUCGGAAGGAAUAAAAAAAGCAGGCUGUUCAUAGAACGAUCCUGUCAUGGGUGGGAGAGGGAGAAAAGAAAGCCUGGGACUAGUAUGAUUUCAUACACCAUCAGGAAAGAACUCUUAGUCUUCUAAAGCCCAGUCUAUCUCGUCUGAAUCUGAUGACACUCGGAGUUGGUUAACAAACUUAACAAUCUCUUUCGGGAGUGGGAUUUCAAGCUCGCAAUAAGCAGUAGAUUUGACGGGAACUCUCACUCAUUUUCUCCGAAGGAGAUCCAGGGAUUUCUUCGGUGGGAGGGCAAUCUCUUCGCUCGCCCGAUAGUCCCAGAACACGAAGCGCAGGUGUGCUUUGUCCCCGAUCCUUCCUCCACUACACGGCCGGACCGAACGACUUUUCUUUCACAAACAUCUGGUACGAAGCAUUGAAUUCUUUUUCUUCGCUUCCACUUAAGUUGCUAUAGAGAUAAGAUACGGAGACAGGGAAAUAGAUGUAAUGUAGACAA